UACAUUUUACACGAUGCAAGUGAAUGCAACGGUGCUAACUGUACGGGCGAGGUAGUGUGAUUUUGUCUGUUGUGGCCCAAAGUCGUGAAUAAACUUCUUCGGCACAGUAAUAAGGAAAGUGAAAGCUGCAGCAGUGAGCUGUGGAGCUGAUGGAAGCGCUGUGGAGAUGGUCUAACCAUCAUGGCUGCUCUCUUCUGGAUGCCUCUGUGGCUAUCUCAGGUCUUGCCAGCUAUGAGUAAGCUUCCUCAUCCCUUCAACUUGAAUCUGUCUUCCAUCGAUUUAAUUCAUCAGCUGAUGUGGGAGCCUGGGCCAGGCACAGCCAACAUAGUCAACUACAGUGUCUCAGUUCAUUCAGUAAAGGGAAUCUCCUGGGAGUCUGUGGCUGGCUGUGAGAAUGUCCAACAUCCCCUGGUUUGCAAUCUAACAGCGGCCUUUUCUAACCCAAGAGUGGAUUACUAUACCAAGGUCACAGCACAUCUGGGAGCAGAAACCUCGCAUGAAACAACCCUGAAACCAUUUAGGCCAAUCAGAGACACUCACCUGGACCCGCCCCUAUUGACUGUGACUUCCUGUGGUAGAGACGUGUGUGUCGACCUUCAUCCUCCAUUGGAGCGCCUCCGGGACAUCUACGACUCUUUUCAUUACAAACUUCAGAUUACCAACAACAGCCCAAACAGUACUCCGGUUUCUAAGGAUACUAAGACCCUGAAUAGAGUAAUUUGGAGACACCUGGCUCAGGGCAGAAAGUACUGUGUCUCUGUCAAGUUCUCAGACACUCAUGUGCCCAGACACUCCAACUACAGUCAACCCAAAUGUACUGUAAUUACUGGAGUCUCUCCCACAGAGCCUUGGAUUCUAAUGUUGCUCUUUUUGUUGCUGUUGCUUUGUGGGGUCCUAGUAAUACUGGUUGUUACUGGUGUCAUUCCUUUGAAAAGAAAUUCACUUCCACAAGUACUGAGCUCAAUUCGUCACAUUGAAGAGAGGCUCUUAUUUCCCAGCAGCGCAGCCUUUUCCUCCCUCUUUUUUAGUGAGCCCACAGCGCCCUCUUCAGGAAUAAAGACAACAAGACAAGCAGGAACAGAUGAGGGCGAUGCCGAGAGCUUAUUGGAGAGCACUGGGGGGAGUAGGAAAGGAUAUAAACUCCGCUUGGGAACUAAUGUGGUUGUGGCCUUUUCUUCACUGGCUCCGUCAUCGCUGACCUCACCUCUGCACCGUGAACCUGGACUCGGCUCUAACUCCUCCUCGCAGCAAAACCCUGUGUUUGUGCAGUCAGACUCCUCCUCAGGAUCCGACUGCAGGCGUUCUCACCUCAGUCUGCAGACUGGAGCUUCUGUGGACACCAACACGUCUGCCAUGUUGGAGGAGGCACCGACCACGUCUGCACUGCUGCUUCAGGACGGUCAGACAAACUCAACCCAGGGUGCAUCAGAGCCUCAUCUGUCUGCACACACAGAUGCUUUAAAUGAAGAAGAGGAGGUGGUGACAAAGGGCAGGAACCAGGACGUGAACCUCCUCACAUUAACAUUUGGUGGUCACGAGGAGGAGAAAGAGCACACUGACACGCCAGAUGUGACCUCUCCUUCUGUCUCGGCAUCAAACAUUUCACACAGCACUCUGACGGCGACUUCAAUCCCGUCAGAUGCCACAGAAACAGCAGUGGACAUGGGUGCAUGUGACAUCAGACAGCAAACAGAAGAAGAAGAUGAUGAUGAUGAAGAAGAGUCUUCUGGAUACAUGAGCCGUGCACAGACACAUUCCCAACAGAACGUUGUGUAGAUGGUGGAAAUUCUUACAAGUCAGAGUUUUUGUUUCAGUUUAGACUGAAAAAACGUCACCAGUGUGUGACACAUCCUGUGUCAGUGUCAUCAUAACAUUCACAUUUAGGGAUUUUAGAUUUAAGUUCACAUACGUUCAGGUUCAUUUCUGUCAAACCAUCAUGACUUCCAUGAACUGCUGUUGUAGAACCCCAGAGAGUCUGGGCUUCGAGAAGCAACCACUUACGUCAAGAUUUUUGUAUUUUUUGUAAAAGGAAACUGAAACUGCAGUUUGGGGUUCAGCCUCAACAACUGUGUUUACACACAUGUACAACACCGUCGGGUGGUACUGCUGAUAACUGCUCCUGUGUACAGCAGUACGACUUAUUACAGUGAUUCAUAACUUUGUACUUACUAUUUAUAAAAUACUGAUCCAUA